ACGGCAACCGCCACAACUUUGAUUAGGCCCCAAAAAAGAACAAAAAAAACAUACUAAAAACACACGGAAAAUAAGAGAAACAGUAAAAGCAGAAAUUAACAACAAAAUAGUUAAAGGCAAUAACAAGGAAUGAAGUAAAUGGUACAACAACAGCAAGUACAGCGAGAAGAGGAAGCAAGCAAUGUCAACUAACUGCAACAACGACAACAACAGCGACAGAGACAACAACAACAAUUGUUGUUGUUUUUAAGCUCAACUGCAGCCCACGCAAUAAGCAAUUAACGCCCGCAGGAGCAGCGACAGAGCAGCGGCAGAGGGGCGGCGACAGCGCAGCAAACAGCUGUGUGAGUCAGUGUGUUAGUGUCUGUGUCCGUGUCCGUGUGUUACUGUUUUCGUGUACGUGUAGGUGUGUGUGUGUGAGCGGCACAACAACAACAAUUGCUAAUUCACCGUUAGUGCUAAUUCAAUAAUAAAUAUACAACAACUAUUUACGCUGCUGCGACUCUAUUACUUUUACUUCGAGCAGCGAUUACAUAAAAUAAAAGAAAACGAAGGAAAGAACGAACGAACAACAACAACUCAAAUUAGUCAUUCAUAAUUUAUUGAUUGUGCGAGCAUGUGUUUGUGUGUGUGCUAGCGCCCCUUGUCUAUGUGCGUGUGUGUGUGUGUGCGCGCGCGUGUGUGUGAGUGAGUGUUUGUUUGAACGCGCUGUUAAACAAACGUCGCCUAGCCGUCCUUUUGGGAGCCUGGCUGGGCAUAAAAAAUCAAUAGACAUCAGCAGUAGCAGCAGCAGCAGCAGUAACAAGACAACGACAACAACAUCAACAACAAACGCUAUAAGAACAACGACAACCACAAAACGCAGCAGUAGCAGCAAUAACAACAACAACAAAGAAUAUAAUAGGCGACAGACACAAACACAAAUACAAACAGACACAGCUCAAAGAGCAAUUGGCAAAGCAGCCACAGCCAACGCCAACGCGAGCGACAAGGACAGCACGCGAGCAAAGAGAAAGAGCAGUUGACCGACCAGCAUAACGAUAACAAUAACAACAACAACAACUAAGAUGCUCUCACUGCCGCCGUCAACAUCGCUGCUUUUGCUGCUGCUUAUCAUCGGCUGUCUGACGCUGACGCUGCCGCUGCCAACAUUCGCUGAGAAUGCGACGUUGUCUGCCGACGCUGUCGUCGCUGCCGACGCCGGUGUUAACGCAACGUCCAGCACAGCAGCGCCGUCGCCGUUGGCUAAUAAUGACUAUGAGAACCGAACCGCAAUCAGUAGCAGCAGCAGCAACAACAACAACAAUAGCAACAACAACGAUGCUAGCGACGAGCAGAGCUUCGGCAGCGGCAGCAAUUCGAGCUUAGCGGAGACAACAACCACAACAACCGUGACCACAACCAACACAGCAGCAGCAGCCAACUUAACAGUGGAGCAGCAACAAGAAAUCGCCAGCGUUGCAGCGCAGUCGCCAGCUGGCAGCAGCAGCAAUCUAAGUAACCUAACAGUUGCCGCUGCUGAGCAGGAUGCCUUUGGCUCGGCCACGCCCAACAAGGGCGAACAGGAGGCCAUAUUGCGUGCCCUCGAUUGGCUAAAAGAGAAACGUGCCUCGGACUACGGUUGGGCCAACGAUACCCAUGUCGUCAUACUGGCCAAGGAGCUGUCGGGCGGUCGCGAUCCCAACGAUAGUGCCGAUGCACAUUUGCAGGUCAUCCAGGAUCUGGAGGAUACGCUCUCCGUCAAGGAGAUGGAGAUCGAGAUACUGGCGAUGCUCGAUCGCCAUCAUACGCUGCCCAAGCCGCUCAAUCUCGAUAAGCUGGCACGCUAUGUGCUUGCCUUGGGUUCGCUGUGCAAGGAUCCGAAGCAUUUCCAUGGCCACGACUUGGUUGCCACUCUGCAGCAUCAUGAACCCGCCCAGGACAUUGAGUUCGCCCUGACCACACUCUCCGCCUGCAGCUCGGCGGCGCAUGUCCGCAAGCGUCAGAUACGCCGACUCCUGGACAUUGCCAGCGGUGUGACGGAUCAGAGUGUCGAUGCCAUUGCCAUGGUCAUCUUGGCGUUGCGUUGCAUUGUCACCGAUCAUCGGCAUCGCCAUCUGCAGCAUUUUGUGCGUCGCCCCGCACGGGGUUUGGCCAGUCUGCAGGAUCAACGCGGCAGCUUUGGCUCGUUGCGCAGCACUGCCCUGGCCAUGCAAGCUCUCCAGGAUCUGGAGUAUGAUCCGGCUGGGCAUUGGAAUCGCACGGCCGCCUCGCGUUACAUCUUGAGUCGUCAGCGUGCCGAUGGCGGUUGGAGCGAGGAGCCGCUUCAGGAUGGCCAGGAACCCGAUAUUGGUGUCGGUCUCACGGCGGACAUUAUCCUCGCCCUCGGCUGGAAGGGAUUGGGCGCUGUCCGUGCCCUGCAAUGUGAUCAUGUCAUACGCGAGAGCAGCGAUCCCACAGAGAAUGGUGAACCGAAGCUGGCGUUGCCAUUUGGACUCAGUUCAUCGGCCGAGGAGUCGGAUGCCAAGAAUAUCACGUACACGUACACUCUGUGGGUCGGCUCCAAUGUCACCGAAGCGUUCUCCCUGUCCCUUGUCUCACCAAAGAACACCAGUUUCUUUAAGGCCAUGACACAGGCGGCUGAAAUGGAUCCAAGAUUCAUUUUCGAGGCCCGUGAAUGGCCCAAUGGACACUAUGUGCAUACGCUCUAUGGCAAAAAGGAAGAACCGCGAGGAUAUCAUUACUGGCUGCUCUACAGAUUGCCCGAGUUACCUGAUCCGAACAAUACGCCUGGGAAUCAGCUUAUUGCGCCUGUUGGUGUCGAUGAGCUAAUGGUCGAGGAUGGAGAACACUAUCUCUAUUGGUAUAAGAAACUUUAAGCACAUGGAAAUGGAUUUGCGCUGGCCUUAGUUGCACAACAAAAUACUAAAGUUAACCCAAGGCAAGGCCAUGUAGCAGCUAAUACGUCAAAUAGAAGCAGCAGCAAAAGCAACAACACUAAACAGCAACAAGAACAACAAACAACAAACAACAUAAAUAGCAUAUACUCUCAUCUAACUGAUUAAUAAUGGCGUAAUCAAAAAUUUACAUUAAUCCCAGAAAUCUUACACAAGUCCAUAAACACACAUAACAUAUUAUGUGCACAUGGCUAGAUCCCGCAUAGUUAUUAUAUAUAUAUAUUUAUAUAUAUAUACCCAACAGCGACAUACACACGCAUUCUACUAUAUACAAUAAUAUACCCUAUCGGUAGCUUACAAUUGUGUUUAGGUUAUACACCAACAAAACAACAAAAAAAAAAAAAAAAAAAAAAAACAAAGCUAAGGCAAAAAAAAGCUUAUGAAAUACUUUAAACUAAGCAAAGGAAAACGAAAAGUUACAACAGAUGCGAUUUUCUCAACUGGAUGUCAGAGUUAACACAUAAAUCUAGCAUGUACAUGAGUAGAUUAUCCCAUUGAUAAUACAGGGAGAAGAAUUGUCCUAUAAAUCCUAGACUACAACGUGAACAUGAAAAACAAUUUACUUUAGUCAAAUUUAUGAUUUUACCAUCAAUCGCAUGGUUUAACUUUGACAUGACGUUGAGAAAAUCAAUCUGAUUGAGAGCAACUUGCAAACUAGAAACAUUUACACACACUCACACAGACACACACACAUUCACACUCACACACAAACAAAAGCAAAAAGCAACGAAUAAGUGAUCAGUGAAAAGCGCUCUCUUUCUCUCUAUCAUUCUCUCGCUCGAAAUGCUCUUCUACGAUUCACAUUAUUGUGUAACGGGCAAUAGUGUCAUACUAUCGAUACUAUUAUCGAUAGUUGUGUAUAACUUUAUCGAUAGUACAAGGCGAGAGAAAUGAGGUUUGGUUCAUUUAUUACUCCGUCCGUUUUGAAGAUUGAGAGUCCCAAAAUAUACACACAAACAACAAAAAAAAAUUGAGCUACGAUUGUUGCACGCUAAAAACACUAAUACACAUGAACACCCAAAUAUGCUUUACAUGUUAUCGAACGAAAUGAUGGAGAAGAACAAGAUGGAAUACGGAAAAGCAGUCCAAGCGAAGCAUGUUAUACCAAACACCGUACGUAACAAUAAGUGAUUGAAAAUCAUCCCUAGACAUACAUAAAUAAAUAAAUAUAUAUACACAUACUAUAUAUAUAUACAUAACAAAAUAUAUAUAUAUAUAUAUAAAUACCUGCAUAUACAUACAUACAUAAAGAUAUACUAAAAAAAAAGCAAACUAGUUUUAUAUGAAACAAAUGAAAGCAAAAGCAAAAAACCAAACGAAAGUCGCGUCGGAUUAUACUAUAUUAUGUAUACAAAAUACCAUAUAUACACAUACAUACAUAUAUGUACUAUAUGUAUCUAUGAUAUGAUUAAUCGAGUAAAACGCGUUGACGCAGCAGACGCAGAGAAACGCACUCGUAAGCUAUAACCUACUCUCUCGUCUGUCGUAAUAAUCAUUUAAACGCAAUCAUCCUCAUGCCAAGUAUAAUACCUAAUCUUAUAUCCUAUACACAUACUAUACAUGCAUAUAUAGCCUACACUAUCAGCAUACAUACAUACAUAUAUACAAAGUUAUUGCCAUUGCUCAUCCAACAUACUAAUCUCUACUGCUAUAUAUAAAACUUAUUUUUGUUCUGGCUCACUCAUGCACUGCUGAAGUACAGAGCAAACGGUAAAUAGCCAGAAGGCUGUAAUUUAUGCACAACAUAAUGUACUCUAUUACAUCGUGUAAUAAGGCUGGGUUUUUAGUAAUUUUAAUUUCCUGCUCUAAGUGUAUUGAAUCACUAAUCGAAUAUUGAUUUGGCAAGCUUCUACUUGGAAGAAAAGAAGAGUUGUAGUUGUUAACUUUUGAACUCAGUGAAUCCACUGUAAAUAGUAAGGGGCAAGCAUGGGUUAAGGCUAAACAAAUGGUAAAAGUUCAAGAAAAAUCAAAACUAAAUUAACUACAUAUAUUCUAUACCAUAACCAGACAUUGUUAUUGUUUUAUUUAAAGAAUUUACUUUUUUGUCCCGAUCAGCUGUUUGGCAUUAACCCAUGUCGCCUCUUUCUAUUCACAGUGACCGCACUGCAAACCAAAGUUAGUAGCUACAACACUUUUUUUUAUUGUCUAAGCGAAGCUUGUCAUAUCAAUAUUAAAUUAAUGAUUUUAUAUAGUUCGAGUAUGAAUUUAAGAAAGAAAACAACCCAGCCUUAUUGCACAAUAAAAUUGCGUAGACUAUGUUGUCUAAAAAUUACAGGCUUCUUGAAUUUACUGUUUGGUAUGUGCUUUAAUACUUGAUUCACUGAGUUAUACUUCAACUUUUGGAGUUGUUUACAAUUUUUCGAUUACUUAAAAAAAAGGGCAACCUUUUCUUGCUAUAAACCGAUUGCAAAAUCCGUUGGAAUUUUUCCUAUUUCUAUUUCUUGGCAGCAAGCAAUCAUCUCUCUCGCUCUCAUUCACACUCACCUACUCAACCACUCUCAUGGCUAUUUUCAACCUAACCUAAUCCAAAACUAACCUAGAAGACAACCAAAAACAAAAAGAUGAAAUGAAAAACAAACUACAACUUAAUGGUUUAUAUUAUAAGCAUAAACUUGAGCUUUUUAAUUGUGCAGAUUCAACAACAAAUAAAUAAAAAGAAAAUCACAAUAAAUUAGAGAAAACUAUGAAGCAAAUAAAAAAAGCGCAUACGUGAGAAAGACAAACCAAAACAAAAUAAAAACAAAAACAUAAAAAAAACAAGCGUAGCGUAUUCUCAAUUUCACAUUAGCGCAAAAAAGUAUGCUAGAAUUUUAGUCGUUGCUUUCUUAGCGUGAAAUGUGAAAUUAAGUAUACGCCACCGUGUUGGCUGUGUUGGCAUCGACAAAGCAAAAAAUUUCAACUAUAUUGUAUUUAUGUAUGCAAUGCGAGCAUGUGCCCCUUUUACGUCAUUCUCCGUUCUGUUCACCGGAUUAACCUAACCUAAAACUAAAAAAAAAAAACAAAAA